AUGUCUCUUGCUUCAAAAGUAAAAUUCUCAAUAAUUGGUGCUGUCCUGUUUCUUAUUUCAUUAUCAAGCUUCUUUGCCACUCUUUAUUGGGUAAGAAAGAUGAGAAGGAAACCUGUUGCUGUGCCUUCUGCGGAGGAUUCUUUUGUGAUCGUAUCUUAUGCAGAACUCUUUAAAGCAACAGAUGGGUUCUCCUCAGCCAAUUUGGUCAGCACUGGAAGUUUGGGCACUGUAUUUGAAGGAAUUCUAGAUCGUCUUGGAACUAUGGUAGCAAUUAAAGUCUUCAACCUUCAACGACAAGGAGCUAUGAGGACCUUCAUUGCCGAAUGUGAGGCCUUGAGAAACAUUAGGCAUCGGAAUCUUGUUAAGAUCAUAACUUGUUGCUCAAGCAUUGAUUUCAAAGGAAAUGAUUUUAAAGCUCUAGUUUAUGAGUACAUGCCUAAUGGAAGUCUAGAGAAGUGGUUGCACGGAGAUGGUCAUGACCAGCUGGGAAGGAAAUUGAAGUUUAUUCAAAGGCUAAACAUAGCUACAGACGUGGAUUCUGCACUGGAUUAUCCACAUAAUGAUUGCGAAACCUCAAUCAUUCAUCGAGAUUUAAAGCCGAGCAACAUUCUUCUUGAUGAUGAUAUGACUGCUCGUGUGGGUGAUUUUGGGCUGGCCAGGUUCUUAUCUGAGGUUGCUCAAACUAGCUCGGUUGGAAUGAAGGGAUCUAUUGGAUACAUUGCUCCAGACGCUGAUCUCUCAGCCGUUGCCCUCCUUGCUGGAACAUGCCAAAGUCUGAGAAGGCCCGCAAGAGGAAGAAGCACCAGCAACAGCCGCAGCAGUAGCUCCCCUUCUCCAACAGUCGCAGCAUUUUGGCAAUUCAUCAGUAAUGGUUGA